UGAGGGCGGAUCGUAUAACUGCAGCUGAUAAAGCGAUGAGAUAGUUCAUGCUAAGACAUUUGAAAGUACACUCAGUGAGAGAUUAAGACAGCUUUGUUUACUUCCCAGCUGGUGGGAGAAUAGCUGUUAACAAGAAACGCUGCACGGCGGAGGAAUAAUGUUGGCAUUUUUUGUGUGGAGCCUCGCUGUAUCUUCUGUGAAAGGAUUCGAAAAAGCAACUGGCCCUAGCAACCGAACCUGUGAGUCCGUGGUAAGGGAACUUGUUCAUUCCCGUCCCCUCCAUGUGGCAAUCCGACAUUGUUGUAACUACUCUAGGGUUACUUAUGACUGUGUCAAUGGCUACAAGCAAGUGGAGGGAGACAGAGUGAGGCGCUGCUUUGAGGGCAAACUACAAGGGAGGGAGCCAAAAUGCAGAUUCCCAAAAGUAACCAGCUGUGGUAACCCGGGAACGAUUCGUCACGGUUACUUCAUUGGAUCUGAUUUCAGUGUUGGUAAGACUGUGAAAUACAGAUGCAGCCGCGGUUUCAAAUUGCGUGGACCAGUGGUCAGUGUUUGCAAGAACCAUGGGAUAUGGAGUAAGCGACCUGAGUGCAUCGACAAAAAAGUGAUGGAUGUGGACGAAGCCACCGCCUUUAUUCGUCACAGUCUUUUAGACAAUUACUUCAAGCAUCUGUGCUCAUCAAACGAUUCAUGUUCCGAGGUUCAUUCCAAUUCCAGAACACGUCGUUCGCUUGAUCUCGAUUACAAUGGAGGUCUGGAUGUGAUUUUCUUAGUGGAUGUAUCUGAUGGAGUCACCAAGGAUGACUACAAGAUUGGACUCAAAUUUGCUCAAGAACUCAUCAGAGUUCUAGCAGCAACUGUGAUGCGCGGGGAUAUUCGUAUUGCAGUUGUCUCGUACAACAGUAAACCAUAUACUUUCAUGAAUUUCGCGUCUCCGUCCGACAGAGUGAUAAAAAAGAUUGGUGGUAUCAAGAAAUCAGGGGGUUGCGGUACUUCCCUCGGUAGGGCCAUGUACAUGACACGGCGAAGGCUGGUCCCUAAUACUCGGACUAAUAGCAAUAAGGCCAUGUUUAUCAUAAGCAAUGGACUAUUGAACAUGGGAACAAGCCACCCAAAGGCGUCGCGUUUAUUGGAGAGCGAGAAAUCUUUUCAGAUCUUUUCCAUUGCUGUCGGCAAGAGUCCCAAUACGCGGCUUUUGUCGUCUGUUGUCUCGCAGCCUGAGAAGAGCCAUCUUAUAUUUCUGAGAUAUUACGGUGACGUUUUCGAUGCUGUACGGCGAACCGUGUCAAGGAACAAAAAGGAUCCUAGCGAAUGUGGUGUAAGUGUGACCAAACCAAGAGCUCGCAAUGUGCGGGGCAAUAGGGCGACAAGUGGUGUAUGGCCUUGGCAAAUUAGCCUCCACUGGAACGGGGGUGCAAAGAUCUGCAGUGGAGCUCUAAUCAGCAAGGAGUGGGUCAUCACUGCGGCACAUUGCUUUUACUCUAAAACAUGGAGAGCCGUCGUGCGCCCUGCUUCCAAAUACACCAUAAAAGCUGGGGGCCACCAUCUUGGAGACAGAAGAAUCAGUCCGGAACAAGUCAUUGAAGCCGCUAAAAUUCACAUACACGACAACUACAAGAGGCAAAGCCAUGAAAACGACAUUGCGCUCAUUAAACUAAACCGAAAAGUCAAGUUUGGAAAGUAUGUGAGUCCCGUAUGCUUGCCUGCAGAGCAUAAUGACUUGGCAGCUCCUGGAAAACACGGCUUUGUCGCUGGAUGGGGUGAAAAACAAACUCAAGCGAAGCAAGAUAAGAAAUCCUCAAAACAUCGGAAGAGGGGCCGAAGCAAAGUGACGGUGCAUGUCGCCCUGGAGGUAUCCCCUAAUAAAGCUUGUGGUAAUAGCACCCGUCAGGCAUUUAACAGGACAGUCAUGUUUUGCGCCGAACACAAUAAGGCGUGGCAACAUUCUUGCCGAGGUGAUGGUGGGGGACCAUUUUUGCGCGAGAACUAUGAUUCAAAAACCAGAGGCUAUCGAUGGACCGUCGCCGGGCUGGUGAGCUGGGGCGAGGGAUGCGGGGUAAAAGGUCGUUACAGUUUUUUUACCCGGGUGACUCCGUAUUUCGGGUGGAUAUUGGAGACAACGAAUCCACCGAAAAGAAGAGGCAGACACCCGCGAAAACGACAAAACUGAUUUGAAUGAACAAAGACAAUUUAAUUUUGUUUCUGAUAUGUUGUGGGUCGAAGAUAGAAAAAGAAUACCAUAAUUAAAUGUGGCGACAACAACUUAAGAGGAAGAGUAAAAAUGUCGAUAAGUUUGGUGACAUCAGAACAUUCCCUUGUAUAAACUUUACGAAGUACUACUUUGCCGUAGUAUUCAAUACUCAAGACAUAAAGAAGUCCGGAUUAUGAAACCAGAAGAAUAAAAUACGAAAGAAGGAAUCGAAA